GGUAAAAGCUUUCAACCGCACUCGGGUCUUUAACUAUAGUCCCAAACGUUGUUCCAAAAGUUUUUUUAAUCUGUGCUCUGUGCAACUUUAUUUAUCGUUCGCAAGACGCAAAAUGAAAACCGGCGACUUCGAAUCGCCGCAACGGACAUCCUCCAGAAUUCCCAGCGUUACUUCGUCCAGGAUAAAGCUCGGCGCUUUCGGACGAGUCCGCAAGACGGGAUGCGAACGGAAUGUCGCCUCGGCGCUUCUUCAACAACGACAAGCCUUUCGGGUCAUUCACGAGAACGUGGACGUCACGCCGAAGCCGUUGGUCCACGCAGCCUUUAGCACCAUCGACGAGAACCAGACGACCGCUUUGGAGACGAUCGGGUUAUUCCAGACCGGGAGCGCUUCCCAACUGAUGACCUCUCCUUCGAGAGUCAGCGGUCUCAGGACCAGUUCCUCCAUCCUCCUCAAGUCCUUCUCGAUAACGUCCGAUGAUUUGCAGAUGGAAAGUCUGCUGUCGACGCAGAUUUGCGAAUUUGUGCCUACGGAGGAGGUCGAAGAAGCCGCGCCGUCGCCCUUUUUCCUACCUAGUGACGACUCGGCAAUAUUCGCGACGCGUCCGGAAGCUGUGACGAUCACUUUAAGAGAGACGCAAACGUUCUUCGUGUUCGAGAUGCCGCAGAUGACCGAGGAUCUGCAGACGCCCGAAGGGCAAGCGAUUGUACGGGAAAAUGAGAAUUACGAGUAUGUAACGGUAGGACCGGGCUCUGAUCGGAAGCUGUUGAACGUCGAGACGCAGACGAUACGCGUGUUGACAAAAUCGCGUGGCACUUACUGCGGCCUGAGACUCCGCAAAAAUCAAGGGAUGUUUGUGAACAACUGGGUAAUUCAUGAUACUUACGCGGCACCGGAGUUGAUGAUAGAGAAGAAUGGACGUAUGAUUGUACACACGAAAGAAUCAAUGUGGCGGAUGCGAGAAGCUCAGGAACUCCGGUAUAAGCUUCCCGAACCUGAAACAGUCCCUGAUCAAAGCCCUGAGGAGCAGUUGUCUCGUAUCUGUCGGGAGACAGGGUUCCUGGAUGCGGCGUGCGUAAUGGAACGUAUAAUCGCGAACAAUGUAUUCGCGGAGGCACAAAAGCGAUUUACUGGCUUAAUCAAACGCGAUCCGUGCGACCUGAAUCUGGAAUUUGAUUAUCGAUUGGAUCUGCUGUGGACAUUCGCAUGCGAAAUAGCGCACGAUCGUCCUGUGACCGCAUUUUGUUGGAGUCCAGCUAACGCGAGCGUCCUCGCUGUUGCCUAUGGCGCCAAAACUGGUGCCGACAAGAUCGACGGAGUGUUGUUGAUCUGGUCCGCCAAGAAUCCUAGCCAACCCGGCCGCGAGUACACCUUCGACAGUCCACUAUCCGACAUGAAUUGGAGUGCCGAACGACCGAAUCUUCUGGCGAUUGGUUUCUAUGACGGAAGUUUGAAAGUUAUUGAUGUUAGCGCGAAGGAAGUGAACGUCAUCAGGCAGAGUCAUAGGGAGACAUCGGCAGCUUGUUCGCCACAUUGGCAAGUUCAGUGGUGGAGUGGCGACGAACAAUUUGACUACCAAGAACAGAUCUAUACCAGUGAUCAAGACGGCAGGAUAUACUGCUAUCGUUUGAGUGAAGAUUUUUUUGCUACAGAGAUCAUGCGCCUGUAUAGAAUCGAAGGUAAAUUAGCCGGGGUUUCUAGAACCGAUCACUGCGUGGCUUACGACGUGCCCAUCAGCCGCCAACCGGGUGCUCUCAUUCUUCGAAGACAUCCCAUCGUCAGCAACGUUUACUUCGUCGGCUCCGACGAAGGUUGCGUCUAUCGAUGCUCCACAAAUUACUUGCGUCAGCACAUAGACAGUUUUCUGGCGCACGACGGUCCGAUUUACUCGUUCGAGUUCUCACCCUUUUGUCAGAAGUUGUUUCUGACCUGCGGCGCCGAUUGGUGCAUCAGAGUCUGGGCCGAGAGUAUCGCUGAGCCGCUUAUCACCCUGUCGACAGCGAUGGCGUGCGUAAGGAACGCCUGUUGGAGUCCUACGUGCUCCACCAUCAUCGCCAGUGUCGUGAACGACCAGAUUUGCGUUUGGGACAUUUAUAGGAAAACGCAUACUCCGACAUCCGUGACCGUAUCACCAAACGGAGCGAGAUUGAUCGCCGUUGAUUUUACGGCGAAUGGGAAUCAGCUGGUGAUUGCUGAUGUCGAGGGCACCGUUUACGUCUACAAUCUCGAGGGUAUGCCGUUUCCGCCCUACGAUCAAACUAAAAUAUUGAUUGAGGCUAUCCACAAGGCAUUGGCUACAAAACCGGAACUGCUAAGGAAGCUGAAGAAACUCGGCCCACCAUUCUGAUCGUUCGAUUCCUAAUGAGAUUGACGUUGCAUUUCAUGCGGAGUUUCAUCGAUAAGCGCUUUCGCGUUUUAAAUCGAUGUUUUCUGCAAGUGAACGAACGAGAACGAGGUAGAAGAUCUGCUCAUCGUAAAGAGAGGCGAUUAGCGAACCUCAUCGCUUCGGCAGUAGAAUCACGUCGGCGUUAACACGCGCCAGAAAUCUACGUUAGGAUGCAUACCAAUCGUUAUUAUGAUCAGCAAUACUUUUCAUUCGGAAAUAUACGUGUUUUCCAAGAGAACAAGAAAAUCAUUAAUUAUUAAGAAAAAAUAUAAAUUAUCGAAGAAAAUUUGGUCAUACGAGAAAGAAACUAAUUAUAUUUAUAUUAUUAAAGAAGAAAAAGUUA